CGCAGUUAAACUUAAUUUAACAGAAAUAGAAUAAACAUAUAAUAAAAUAGAAUAACACGAUGUUCUUCAAGCUAUCUAUUUUGUUAUUAUCUUUUAUUAUUGCUGCUAAUUAUGUACUGGGAGAAAGUGAAGAUGAAAAUCAAAUUCUAAAAGAUUCGGACAAUGAUUGUAGAAAAUGGUUGCUCGUAUCACUAGAUAGUACUAUAACACUGGCUGAUUUUUGGAUGUAUAUGGGUAAAAACAAAAAUGAUUUAAUAAUCAUAGAGGAAUACUUGAGUAAGAAUCCAGCUGCAAGUGAAAAACAAGAUGUUAUAGAUUUACAUCUAUAUAGUGAACUCUUUAGAAACCUUUGCAUUACACUUGGCUAUAUUGUGAAAAGGUGCGCUGCACUUCGGAAAAGUGCAGCGGCAGAAAGGUCAAUAGAAGACAUUACAAUGUUAGAAUGGGUAGAAUCAGUUAUUGUGUGACAAAUCUCAAGAAUGUUAAAGGUUGUACCUCAGCCUAUAAACAUUAUCAUGUUAACGAACCCUUGUUUUUGAAACCAACUAAUUCUCUACUAACUUUACAUCGAAUGAAAUAAAGA